CUACAGGAGGCGGGAAGGGAAGAUACCUGACGCAGUCCUGCAGUGACCGCUCUCAAGUGACCGCAAGUCAUCGCAAAUGAUCUCAAGAUCUUCAGCAGUCUCAGGUCAUCUCAAAUGAUCUCAAGAUCUUCAGCAGUCUCGGGUGAUCUCAAGUGAUCUGAGGAUCUUCAGCCGUCUCAAGUGAUCUGAAGAUCUUAAGUGUUCUGAAGUGAUCUCAAGUGAUCUGAAGAUCUUAAGUGUUCUGAAGUGAUCUCAAGUGAUCUGAAGAUCUUGAGGAGUCUCUAGCACUCUGAAGAGGUUUGAAGUGGUCUGGAGAGGUCCUAGGCAGUCUGAAGUGGUCUGAAGUGGUCCUAGGCAGUCUGAAGUGGUCUGAAGUGGUCUGAAGAGGUCUGAAGUGGUCCUAGGCAGUCUGAAGAGGUCUGAAGUGGUCUCUCAAGGUUUUGCUCUGCCAGCCGACUGGUCACUAUGUUCGCAAGAGUCUUCCUCACCGUCCUCUGCCUCGGCAAGCUCUUCCUCGCUAUAAGCGGCUCGACGCAGGACACCACAGCCGAGGAGAGGCUGCGGGUGCAGAUCAACGCCACAGGGGACACCAUCGUGCUGCGGUUCGUGCGUCCCCAUGAGAGUGUGCGGCUGGAGGGCUACGUGCUGGGAUACGGCGGCAGCAUGUUCUCCAAACAGUACAUCCAGCUGCCCAGCGAUGGACAGCCUUACCACGGAGAGAUGGAUGCUGAGCCCAAGUACCUGAUCUCAGUCCAGCCCAUCAAACCCAAUGAAGUGAAGAAACAGUGCCCAGGUAAACUGGACCUGCAGAGACCUCUGCACCUGGUGAUUGGCUCGGUCACCCCCACUAAGGUCAUGCUGUCCUGGGGAACUCUCCUCAAGACCCCCUACACAUUCACCACUGACGACUGCCCUCAGGACGGGCAGUACACCAUUCGGUACCGUGAGCAGGACACGACGGCAGAGCCCACUCCAGAGCCCACUCCAGAGCCCACUCCAGAGCCGGGGGAGCGGCAGUGGAGGUACCAGACGUGCCCCAGCACCUCCACGGUGGUGGAGCAGCUCAAGCCCAACACGCCGUACGAGUUCGAGGUGCGCGCACACACAGAGCAGGGCCCCAGCGAGUGGACGCCGCCCGUCGUCCACAACACCAACGUCAGCGUCACCGAGAAGCUCGUCUCCCUCAUCGAGAAGGGCAACAAGGAGAUUGAGAAACCCUUCAAGCCCGCCGUGAUGCCCAUACUGCCGGGCCCUAAGGAGCCGUUUGUGGCCAGGCCAGUCCCUCUUCCCAGGAAUCUCAGCCUUCCAGCAGGAAACAGGAGAAUAAUGGGCCGUGGCGACAAGAGGCCCGGGAUGCGGUUGCCGGGGCCCCGCCCCUCCGUCACCACCCUGUUGCGGACCCGCAGGCCGUUCCCCGGCCCGGUCGCCAACAGGCCGCGCGGCCGCAACUCCACCUUCUCUCCCCGCAAAACAGAUGUGGCAGUGGAGGGGAUGCAGGGUGUUACUCUCACCAAACCAGCUCCCAGGGCUCGCAAUGGAUCCUCUGUGCUCAAGCACCGGCCCCGCCCGCUGAAACAUGGGCUGAAUCAGGUGGUGAAGGCCAAGCAGGAGGACAAGGGGCGUGUGCACGAGAAGCACGUGGACCCUGCGCCCGCCCUCAAGCCCAAUACCCCGCCCAUCACCCGGGAAACCACCAAUCAGACGCCCCAGAAAGCACCGACUACUACUACCACCACCACCACCACCACCACCACCACUACUAGCGCUGCUACCAUUAGCACUACUGCUACCACUGCUACUACUGCUACUACUGCUACCACCACCACUCAGCCUGCUAGGAAAACUCGGCCUACAGCUCAGGCGUCUCAAACCACUACACCUUUCUCCUACUUUAACGCCACUCGCUUUGACUCCGGUGAGAACGCGUCCAUCUUCAGCCCUGAUCCCACCUCCAAAGUGGACGCCAUGGGGAAGGAGCGCUUCACUGCCCCUCAUGUGAUCUACCAGACGGACAAGCGUCCGGAGGAGCCGUGCUCCAUCACACAGACGCUGGGCCACUUCCCCGAGGACGAGCCCAGCGAGGUCAACGUCACCGCCCCCCCACGCCUGCCCCCCACCAACCUCACCGUGGUGGCCGUCGAGGGAUGCCCCUCCUUCAUCAUCCUGGACUGGGACAAGGCCGACAACGAGACCACGGAGUAUGAGGUCACCUCGUCCACUAAAGGGCCGCAGGGAAAAGAGGUGUCCGUCCUCGUUACCAACAAAACACACACAGCUGUGGAGAACCUCAAGCCAGAGAGCAGGUACGAGUUCACAGUGACCCCCAAGAAUGAGCUGGGCGUCGGCCCCUCAACUGACCCGGUCACCUUCAGCACAGAGUCAGCGGAUCCUCGUGUAGCGGAGGUCACAGGCAAGCGCGCCAUCUGGUCCACGUUCCCCUUCAAGCUGGAGAUGAACUCGGAGUGCAACGGGCCGCAGUACAUCAAGCGCACCUGGUACCGCAAGUUCGUGGGCAUCCAGCUCUGCAACUCACUACGCUACAAGAUCUACCUGAGCGACUCCCUCAGGGGGCCGUUCUACCACAUCGGGGACCAGUCAGGCUAUGGGGAGGAUCAUUGUCAGUUUGUCGACUCUCUCCUGGAUGGACGCACUGGCAGCUCUCUACCGUUCAACAAGCUCCCCGAAACUGAAGGUUUUUACAGGGCUAUGCGACAAGAGCCAGUGGAAUUUGGAACCAUGGGUGGAAAUUCCCACAUCAACUACGUCUCGUGGUACGAGUGCGGGGUAGCUAUCCCCGGCAAGUGGUAGGACCCCCCCACCCCCCCACUGGCCGUCCACAGAUCUGCCCAAGCCUAAUAGUCCAGGAGAGUCGUCCAGAGAGAUGCCUGAUCUGAAGUGCCAAGAGAGUCCAGCCGCUCCAGAGUGCAGCCAUCUCCUGAGCAUGUGUGUAACAUAUACCUGUAAUCUUCAAGAGUUAGUGACUGACCGCAAUUACAAGCGCACACACACACACACACACACACACACACACACACACACACACACACACACACACACAGUAGAUUGCAGCCUUCUCCUGAGCAUGUGUGUAAAAUAUACCUGUAAUCUUCAACAAGAGUUAGUGACUGACCGCAAUUACAAGCACACACACACACACACACACACACAGUAGAUUGCAGCCUUCUCCUGAGCAUGUGUGUAAAAUAUACCUGUAAUCUUCAAGAGUUAGUGACUGACCGCAACACCAGCACACACACACACACACACACAGAUUUAGGGAGAGCGAUAAAAAAACACAGACUGGGAGGUUUGUGUCCUGACACAGGUCAGAUGAGGUGCUCUUAUUUAUGAAACAUAUCAGUGCACGGUACAGCACACACACACACACACACACACACACACACCUCACGCACACACACACACACACACACACACACACACACACACCUCACGCACAACACGCCACGCAACUAAUCAGUCGUCUUCAAGCAAUACAAGACACACACCAUAUGUAUGGUCAUCAUAUCACACAAAAUAUAGAUCACAGCUUUUCUGAACAGCAACACACACACACACACACUCGCUUGCUCUCCCACACACACUCUGACAUGUACCACUACAGCUUUGCUGAGCACGAUAAGGAGGUCCAGGUGGUCUCUGCAUAAACACACACACACACACACACACGAGUAUUUAUUCUGUAUGUAUAUGAUGUAAUAGAGCUUAUUUAACUCAGAGAGGAGUGGUGACCUUGCUAUCAUAUCGGGAUGGGACCAUUGGGUGUCUGAACGUCUGGUGUGAGUGAAUCAGUGUGUGUGUGUGUAUGUGUGUGUGCAUACAUAUGUCUUUAUAAUAACAAAUCUGUUUGUGUAUUUUGAUGACAAAGAUUGUGUGUUGUGUGAAGUGUGAAAGUGUGUGUGUGUGUGUGUGUGUGUGUGUGUGUGUGUGUGUGGAGUAUAAGAAAGUGGUUGCCUGAUUGUGGUGGUGACAGCGUGUCUGUCAGCUUUCCGUGUGCUGGGUUUGAACAGAAAGCCGUCCGCCCUCAAGUUUACAAAGGAAGGAUUUUAUAUUAUAUGAGAAUUCGUAGGGAGGAACUCCCCGACUAUACAGAGCAUAAUUUUAUUUUUGACAUGUAUGUGACGUAUUAUGUAAUAUUUUCUGUAAUAAAAGCGUUUGUAAUGAAA